AUGGCAUCACUUGGAGAAAAAGAAAAAGAAGAAGAAGAAGACGAAAACUCUAAAUUGAUUUAUAAGUCACACUGCGGCGGUGCAAUUAUUCAUCCACAGUUUAUUCUUACAGCUGCUCACUGCUAUAAAAUAAUAAACAAAAAUAUCAGAGCCACUGUUGGCGCUCAUAAUGUUAGUUUGGAAGCGCCUGAACCGAACCGAGUGUCAAUGCCAGUUGCUCAAUUUAUCGAACACCCAAAGUUUAAAGAGCUUUCAGACGGUAUUUUUUACGAUGUGGCGCUGAUAAAGUUGACCAAACCUCUGGACAUUGCCGGCAACCCUGAUCUGGGGACGAUUUGCGUUCCACCGCAAAAUGAUACUUAUAAUCCGUACCUGGGCCAGCUGGUCACUGCCGCCGGCUGGGGACUGACAAGUUGGUCUGGUUGGCUUAACCCA